GAGAGAAAUUUCAGUUAUUGUUUCUGAUUAGAGAGAGAAACAUUAUUCGAGAGAGAGAUAGAAAGAUGGUGGAAGAGGUAGAGAAAUCGGAGGAGCAAAAGACGAAUGAUGCGAGUAAACACAGGGGUGUUCGAUCGGACGGAGAAGAAGAAGAACGGCGGAAAGAAGGCGGAGAGAAUGGCGGUGGUGGGGAUACGUCUCCGAGACCUGGCAAGGACAUAACCAAACGCCAUCCGCUUGAGCAUUCAUGGACAUUUUGGUUCGAUAAUCCUUCUGCGAAGUCUAAGCAGGUCGCUUGGGGUAGUUCGAUCCGUCCAAUCUACACUUUCUCCACUGUUGAAGAAUUCUGGAGCCUUUACAACAAUUUACAUAAACCAAGCAGAUUGACUGCAGGAGCAGAUCUCCAUUGUUUCAAAAACAGAAUUGAACCUAAAUGGGAGGAUCCCGUUUGUGCUCCUGGUGGAAAGUGGACCAUGACUUUUCCCAAGUCAAAAUCCGACACAUGUUGGCUCUAUACGUUGCUAGCAAUGAUCGGAGAACAGUUUGAUCAUGGAGAUGAGAUAUGUGGUGCAGUUGUAAAUGUUAGAUCAAGGCAAGAAAAGAUAGCUCUCUGGACCAAGAAUGCUGCCAAUGAGGCUGCUCAGAUGAGUAUUGGGAGGCAAUGGAAGGAAUUUCUUGAUUACAAUGAUGUCAUAGGGUUCAUAUUCCAUGAGGAUGCAAAGAAACUUGAUAGAGGUGCCAAAAAUAAAUACACGACAUGAUGUGGGCAACAUUUCUCAAAGAUUUACAUGAAUGCUGCAUUCGGUUUAUGGUUUGAUUUGGGAUCGAAGUGUUACAUGUCAAUUUGGUUUUUAGUUUAGUUAGAUUGAUUUUUUAGUUCCAGUUUGAUUACUUGAUCACAAUCUUUAUAAAAUGGG